GAUACUUUUUUUUAAUUGCACAAUAGUAAUUAUAUUUAUAAAUUUUAUUUAUCCAUAACGCAACAAAAUUUUAAAUAAACGAAGAAAAAUAUUGUUUCCGUAUACAUAACGAAACCGAAAUCUGCGCAGGAAGUUUUGAGCAUUACAUCGUUUAAGAUGUCAGAUGUUUGAUAAUUAAAGUUUACGUUUGAAUCACUGAUUUAAUCAAUUGAAUUUAAUUAAAGAAUAAACAAACGAAAUGCCGCACACAAAGAGGGGAAUGGUAAUUUGAACAUGUUAAAUGUAUUGUGUCAGCGAUCGAUUGUAAUCUGAAACAACAAAAUAGGGAAAUUUUUAUGAGUCAUCAAAGUUGUAAAUAAGCAUUGUAAAUAAUGGCAUUCCAUAAAUCAUUUUAUCAAGAUAUCCACAAAGAUAUCUCUUUGUCUACAGCGUGCCUAGGAGAAUUAAAUACAAAAGAAAAUGAUUCUGCUUUGUCUAAGUCAAUUAUUGACAAAUUAAAACAAAAGGAUAAAGAAAUUGAUAAUUUAAAAAAGUGUAAAGAGGAAUUAUCAAAUACUGUUAUAAGUUUAAAGCAAGAAAUAUACAGUCUUAAAGAAGAAAGAUUAAAAAUGGAAAACUGUAAUAAAGAAAUCAAAUCUAAGUUAUUAAUGAUAUCAGAAAGAAAUGCUGCACUAGUUCAAGAGAAAACAAAUUUAAACUUAGAAAAUCAAAAAUUAAAAAUGGAAAUGUUAUCUAUGAGUGAGGCUAGAUAUAAUAUUCAGUCUCCAAUUGGAGCAUCAAAUAUACCUUUUCAUACUUAUCCAUGGUUAUUUCAAAGUGAAAAAUCCAUAGCACCAUUCUCAAGCACACCACUAAGAUCCGAAAUUUUGUCAGACUGUAAAUCUAAGAAAAAUAUUUCUGAUUCCAAAGAAAAUGUUUCAGAAAGCUGGGAAGAAAUAUCACAAAAACUGUUUGCUCAAAUGAAAACAGAAAUGAAAGAUUUGGAAGAAUUGGGGAAAAAAUUAUCACUAGAAUCUUUAGGUAGUGAAAUCUGUGAAUCUUGUGGAGAAAUUGAAAAUAAAGCUCUAUCAGAAAAUGAAUUACUAGAUAAGACAAUUUUGGCUGAAAAUGAAGCUGAGAAGAUUAUAAUUGAACAGCAGAAACAGUUAAGGAAUAUUAAAAAAUGUGCUUUGGAACAGAACAGAACUGUUCGAAAAUUGUUGCAGAAAAUUUUGGAUUUUACAAAAUCAAGUAAUUCACCUAUUCCAUAUAUGAGUCAAAGAAAUAUUGCAAAGAUCUAUGAUGUAAAUGAUAAAUUUGAUUCCGAAACAAUAUCAAAUAUUGAAAGAAAAUUCCAGUUCACAAGACCGUCCGACGAAAGUUUUAGAGCAUAUUUCACUCAGCAAUUAUACAACACUGGACAAUUAUUACAAAAUUCUCAGAGCAAGCUAAAUUUUAAUGAAAAAUUAAAAACUUCAUCUGUAAACCCUUUGAGUAUUAUUACAGAUGUCAUCAGAACAGAACAAAAAAUCCUUAAUUCUUCUAAAUCCAAGGAGGGUAAUUUAUCAGUAGAGAAUACAAUACCAAUGCAGACUUAUAUGCAAGACAAAUUGUUGAUGGAAAAUAACAGCAAAACCCAUCCAGCUUUAAGUGAAGAUCAGAAAACAAAUGUACUGAAUGAUGAUGAUCGUAUCUGUCCUAUGUGUCAGGCAGUUUUUCCAAAAACUGUCUCUCAGCAAGAUUUUGAAAUGCAUGUUGUGUCUCAUUUUGAAAUUGAGAAUAAUUCAAUUUUAGAUAAUUUUGAAGUUAUUUAAACAGACACACGAGUAUUUGUAAAAAAUGAAAAUAUUCUGAUAUGCUGUCUUGUCUUUAACAUAAUUCAAUGAUUUCAGUAUAGUUUUUAUGAUGGUCUUGUUAUAAUUAUUACAGUCUGUUAAUACAAUGUAUUGUAAUCAAUGAAAAUAAUGAACACAUUAAUUGAAAUUGUUCUCUCAAAUUUCAAGAUAUGAUUAUGCAAAAACUUGAAUAAAGUCUUUAAAUUUUAUAUCGUAUUUUUUCAAAUGAUUGAAAAAUGAUGUAACUUGUUUCAAAUGUUUACAAAUUGUUAGAAUUUCUUCAAACAAGUGCAAUAAAUUAUGAAUGGUGACAAUUCUAACAAAGAUAAUUUUAUGCCUUUACAACAAGAGAGUUUUAAGGUCGUGUUGUACUCAGUCCCUGUUACCAAAUAAAAAAUAAAAAUGUAU